CAGCUGCUGUGGUUAGGCAUCAGUGCAUGCCAACGCGAGGCCCGUGAUACAAAGAAAUUCCAUUAUCCCUCAUCUCCUGUCUGCUGUGACAGAGAGGAGGAAAUCAUACCAUGCUGUCGUGAGUCCAGGAAGGAGGGAGAAUUAUGAGUCAGAAUGGAGAAGAAAAGAAAACUGUCACUCUUCAAAUCCACCUCUAAGCUUGGUAGACAGCUCACACACUUACUUUAAGAACACGACCAGAUCUCUUUUCAGCCGCCAUCUAGAGCUGUAGGACUAUGUAGAGACCUUGCUCCUUUUUGCUUUCCAUAAAUUAUUACUGAAACCUUUUACCUUUUCUUAAACUGUUAGGUCUGUAUACAUUCCAGGGAUUAGAGUUAACGCUCUGAGUGAGUGCAGAGUACAGCGGGGUGCAUCCAAAGGGAGCUCUGUUCAUUGUGUUUUAGUUUACACACCUCCUUAUCUCAGCUGUCAAGAGGGAGGAUUCUUUUCUACAGUAACUUACCCAGAGCAAUAGAGAUAGUGGUGGGAAAGGAGGGGUGGGAGGAGUGAGAAGAACAGAGAAUGACUGUGAGGGAGUGAGCGUGCUUAACCCAGCCACUGAGUGACUCUUGUAUCCAAGGACGAAGGUAGCAACGCAUCCAAACGCCACUCUUCGCCCACGGACUUGCUAUGAAGAAAUGAGGCGAACACAUAGGCACUCAGCAGCGCUCAUAUAGACUCAACAACCUGCCCGGCCCCUUCUUCACAGGUCCCCUGGGGUUUGACUCGCCUGUCUGGAGUGCCAGGGCUGAUGACUGAGCAUAUCAUGACGGCAGCUAGAGUGAACUACACAAGGAGCAGACUGGAGAGGAGAUAGUAACAGGUGCUGCGUGCCAAGGUGGAUUUGGAGGUGGGGAGGAGAGCUGAAGAUCAUGGGUAAAUCAAACAGCAAGCUCAAGCCAGAGGUGGUGGAGGAACUGACAAGGAAAACCUACUUUACAGAGAAAGAGGUGCAGCAGUGGUACAAAGGCUUCAUUAAAGAUUGUCCAAGCGGGCAGCUGGACGCUGUGGGCUUUCAGAAGAUAUACAAACAGUUCUUUCCUUUUGGAGAUCCCACAAAGUUUGCCUCCUUCGUCUUCAAUGUAUUUGAUGAAAAUAAGGAUGGACGCAUCGAGUUCUCUGAGUUCAUCCAGGCCUUGUCAGUGACUUCCCGGGGGACUCUGGAUGAGAAGUUGAGAUGGGCUUUUAAAUUAUAUGACCUUGACAAUGAUGGCUACAUCACCCGAGAUGAGAUGUUAAACAUCGUAGAUGCCAUAUAUCAGAUGGUGGGGAACACUGUGGAGCUGCCAGAGGAAGAAAACACACCAGAAAAGCGAGUGGACCGUAUUUUUGCAAUGAUGGACAAGAACGCAGACGGGAAGCUGACUCUGCAGGAGUUUCAGGAGGGUUCAAAGGCAGACCCUUCCAUUGUGCAGGCAUUGUCUCUUUAUGAUGGACUUGUGUAGCAAUGUAAGAUGGAUCCAGCCCAGCAUAUACGCGCCAAAUCCAGCACCAUCACACCUGCGACGGGAGGAAGCCACAUUUAACUCGCUCACCCAGAAGUGGACUGCAAACUUUAGUCGCACAGCCAUAUGGCAUGUGUGUCGAUUAGCUGUUCGUCUGCAUUUUCGGAUUGUAAACAAAUAUAUCCUCUGAUGUGACGGAGAAGUCAAACAUGUCAGCAAAACCCUCAGUCAUUUAUCUGUGCUUCUACAGCUAUGUGGCACCGCGUACACCCCUGAGUGUUGUGGACUGUGUACGAGCAUUUCUGCAAACGCAGUGUUGUGGUUUUCCCAUGGACAGUCUAAGGAACUGAACUCCCCCUUGAGAUGUUCGUGUGCAUCUUGUUCACAUACUACAAACUGGGGGAUGCACGUGAACCGCUCAGAGGAACUGUGCUGCUGCUUCACCACCACAUGGAGAAACUCGAGACCUGGGAGAAUCUGGAAAAAUGUGUUACUUGGUGAUAACGUGAACACUAACUUAAAGUUACAAAGCAGUAUAGUGUAUAUUGUAUAAUGUAAAUAAACGGUAAUUUAUUUUCUGCUUUGCUGCGUUGAUGGGAAUUUUCUCAUGAGUAUGGAAUGAAGUUUUAUUUUUUAUCAAAGGUGUUGACAUGUAUUGCACUGUAUUUUUCAUUAUUGUGGGAUUGUUUUACUCUCACAUUCUGAAGUUUCCUUUUCCUGAGAGAACAGGGUUUUUAUUUGACGAAGAGUGUUUGAAGGAGUUUUUUCUAUGGAGUAUUUUACUAUGUUUGCAGUCUCUGCAUCCUUUUGUGUUUUCACUUACCCGUUCGCACUAGUGUCUAGUGUCUGCAGUGUCGCACAGCCACAUCCUGAAUGACAUGACCAAGCAACACAGCGACUUCUCACAGCUUGCAUCCAAACUGAGGCUCAUUAUUUCUUUUGAGAGCAUCUCAGUCCACCCUCAGCGCACACACAAAGCCCUGGUCAUUGAGAGGCACAAACAGACAUCAAUUCUGGUUGUAAAGCUUUUUGCGAGCUCCGUGGUUGCAAUUGUCCACUUUGUAUUUGUCCUGUGUGAGGCCAGAGCAUGUGAUGAUGCCUUUUUUUCCAUUCUUGGAUUGUUUUAGUUAACAGCAUUACGAUGUUUUAUCAGCUUCACUGAUUUUCUGCCUUAUGCAAAUGAGAAUUUACUAAAUGAUAAAUGUCAUUUACCUGUUGAUUAACAGUAUAAGAGCACAGAAUAAAAUGCAUUUAAGUGGCUAACUUUUCUAUCACUGCAUUCUUAGUCUUUGUAUUUGACAUUAAUGGAAAAGAUGUGUUUGAUUUUUUUUUACAUACAGGAUCAUUUAAAGCAGCUGCUCUGUUUAAUGCACAACUGGAAUGACUGCUUACAUAUGUAUUUGCAAAAUGUUCCUUAUGAUCGUUAAUGAAUCAUGUCCCAAGACAAUAAUCAAAGACUUCACACACCCUGACCGACUGCAUUCAAAAUUUGAAAAGAUGAUUAGUCCAGUGGUGCACUGACCUACUUCACUUUUAGGGAAUAAUGUCAUGUUAAAUGUGUGUCAUGCUUUGAAACACAGAACAUGCCAACUCGCUGUGUGGUGUAAGCCUGCACUGUUUGGUUGAAUAAUGAACACUGAACUGCAUAAAA